GUUGACAUCGACCUCAGGGAUCAAAUUGCUGCUGAUGCUUUUCUUAAGGGACUGCGCAACCAGAAAGUGGCGUACGAGGUUAUGAACCGUGAUCCUGUGAUGCUGGAUGAGGCACUACGGUUAGUUUCAUCUUAUGAGCACAACUUCAAAGCCACACUUGGACGAGAUUUUGAUCAGAGGGGGAGGACACGUUGUGUAUCCUGGGCUGAUGAAAACACUGACUCUGAUGAAGAGCCACAGACCUUGCAAUCACGUAGAGUGCAGUCUCAGGGCUAUGUGACACAGCACCAGUUGCAGACACUCAUUGACAAAGUUGAUAAGCUCCAGCUAGCCGUAGAGCGGCUGCCACCUCCUUUUUCUGUGGCUCCCAUUCCUGCUGUGAGACCCACCCACCACAUGAAUUCCAGUAUGGCAACCCAGUCAGAAAGGGGCCACACAACUCAGACCCCUUUUAAGCCAAACAGGUACAGACAGCAAAAUAGCAGCCCCACCAGAGCUCCUAGUGGGCCAUGCUUUCUGUGUGGGGAGGAGGGACAUUACAAACGAAACUGCUCACGGUCUCCCAGUCCAUCUGCCAGUCCCCCCAUGAAUACUCGUGCCAGAAUGCAGCCUACAAGUCAAAAUCGUUCAGAAAGCACAGAGCAGAUUCCCUCUAUUGUACAUGUGAGCAGAGCUGAGAGCCGAGGACCCAGUUUGAUGAUCUUGCUUACUGCUGAUGGCGUACCAGUUCAUGCAGUUAUAGACACAGGCGCUGAGGCUACAAUUAUGUCGGAAGAGACAUACAGCAAACUACCUGUUAAAUCUGCUUCAGGACUAAAAAACGUGCAUCUCCGCAAUGCAGAAACUGGAAGAGAGAUGAUAGCAACAGGCGGCGUAAAAGUGGAAUUCAAAAUUGGCACAAAAAUCAUGGAGUGGACAGUUUGCAUUGCGCCAAUCUGCGACACCCUGCUUCUGGGUUUGGAUUUCUUAAAAGCUGCUGAUUUCACCAUACAUGCCUCUGGUAAAGUUUUCAUGGGCUCUGAACUCAUUCCAGCCUACAUAUCGGAAGGCAAGGGGCCAGACUAUGCUGUUUCAAGAGUGAUGUUGGAGAAUGACUUCACUGUGCCGCCAGAGUGUGAAUGUGUAGUUUGGGGUGUGGUGGAUGACCCAAAACCAGAACUCCCUGCUGUUCUAGAGCCUGUUAGCUUGACUGAUGGGGUAUCUUCAGGCAGUGUCAUGAUUAACAUGGAGCAGAGGAUCCCUGUCAGAUUGUGCAACAUCACAGCUUCCAGUAAGUCCUUAUCACAGGGAGCCUGUUUGGGUGUGCUCAUCGAAGCAUAUCCUGACCCUCAAGAAAUUAGCAUGGAGGGAGAGGGGGCCUGCUCAGCUCCACCAAAAGGAGGAGACUCAAUACUACAAGAGCCUAACAAUCAACCUCCAGAUGUGCACCAUGUAAGAAGGGUGUUGCCACCAAAUGCCCUUGACCUCCCAGAACACCUCAAACAGUUGUUCACCUCAGCAAGUGAAAUGCUCACGGAACAGCAACAGCAGAUGUUAUUGGCGCUGCUCAUUGAACAUCAAGCAGUUUUCGCAGCCACUGAGGAUGACCUGGGGAAAUUCUCCUCAUUGAAGCACAGCAUUGACACUGGGGCGUGUAAACCGGUUCGACAGCCAGUGCGACGUACCCCUUUAGGGUUCUGGGAUGAGGAGGAAUCGCAUCUCAAGAAAAUGCUUGACUCAGGUAUUGUGGUUCCCUCAAACUCCGAAUGGGCAUCUCCUAUUGUCCUCGUAAGAAAGAAAGACGGGGGAGUCCGCUGGUGCGUGGAUUACCGCCAGCUCAAUGACCUGACCAUUAAGGACGCAUAUCCUCUGCCAAAAAUAGAGGAGUGCCUGGAUGUGCUGGGUGGUGCAAAGACAUUCUCAACACUGGACCUUCAAUCAGGAUACUGGCAGAUUGAAAUGAAGCUGGACGACAGACACAAGACUGCGUUUGCAACAAGGUAUGGGCUUUAUGAGUACACAAGAAUGCCAUUCGGGUUAUGUAAUGCGCCCGGCACAUUCCAGAGGGCCAUGGAGUUGGUUCUACGAGGCUUACAGUGGGACACCUUAUUGAUAUACCUGGAUGACAUAAUAAUUUUUGGUGAGGAUGUAGAGCAGUGUAUCGAGCGCCUUGCAGAGGUUUUUCGGAGGUUGCAGGAAUACGGACUAAAGCUGAAGCCCUCAAAAUGCCAGCUGUUAAGAGACGAAGUCCUGUUCCUUGGUCACGUUGUGAGCAGUGAAGGAAUUAAGACCAAUCCAGCCCUCAUAAAUGAUGUUAGGGAUUGGAAUCCCCCAACCAGUGUCCAGCAACUCCAGUCAUUUCUAGGUCUUUGUAAUUAUUACAGGAGGUUCGUUGCCAAGUUUGCUGAAAUCGCUGCACCCUUGACAAUAUUACUCAAAAAAGGGAGUCACUUCACCUGGGAAGAGGAGCAGAAAAAGGCUUUUGAACGUCUUAAAAGGAGUCUGACAGCCGCACCAAUCUUGGUGUUUCCAAUUACAUCUGGUCAGUUUGUGCUGGACACCGAUGCGUCCAACCAGAGCAUUGGAGCAGUGCUCUCACAGUUACAGUGGGGGAAAGAGAAAGUCAUCUCUUUUGCAAGCUGUGUCCUCACACCGGCCCACCAGAGGUACUGUGUCACUCGUAAAGAGCUCCUUGCAGUUGUUAGAUUUACAAGACAGUUCCGCCACUACUUGCUGGGGUCUAACUUCAUACUGAGGACGGAUCAUAGCAGUCUAACAUGGCUAUACAGGUUUAAGCGACCAGAAGGCCAACUUGCUAGGUGGCUUGAAGAACUCAGCCAGUACAACUUUGUCAUUGAGCACAGGCCAGGUUCACACCACGGCAAUGCGGAUGCGUUGUCUCGAAAGACUCUGGAUGAGGAAUCUUGUGACUGUUAUCAAGCAGGAAAAGAGCUGGAUAGUUUGCCGUGCAAGGGCUGUCGUUUCUGUCAGAAGCUCCACCAUCAAUGGGCCAGAUUUGAGGAAGAUGUUGAUAAUGUUAUUCCCUUGGCGGUAAGAUGCACACACUCCCUAAACUGUGAGAAUGAUGGUAGCUGCACUAACACUACUAGUGAUGGUAAUGAAGUAGAUGAUGACAACAACCCAUGUCCUUCCGUAAACUGGCUGCAACCGCUGAGUCUCGAGAGUCUCAGGGAAGAACAGUUAGCUGAUCCAGACCUUUCAAUCCUCCAUAAAUGGAUGUCUGAUAGUUCUUUGCCUGCAAAAGAAGAGGUCAUGAUGCAGAGUCCAGCGGUUCGCAAGUACUGGCUGUGUUGGCCUCAAGUGGAAAUGCGAGAGGAGAUCCUCUAUUAUCGAUGGAGUGUUAUUGGAGGUAUGUCAUCAUUGCGCUUGCUUGUUCCUGUUUCCCUGAAGAAUGAAGUUCUCCAAGCCUGUCACAACCCCGCACAAGCAGGUCAUGCAGGGGAGGAGAGGACACUCAUGCGCAUGCGCAGAUAUUACCACUGGUACAAUAUGGCAAACGAGGUGCACCUUUUUCGUCAAAAAGUGCCCACAGUGUAG